CACAGCCCCGCGAGAACUCAGAAACACGAGAGGGAAACUCCUGCGAGAAGUCAGAAACACGAGAAGGAAACCACAGGCCGCGAAAUGGCAUUUUCCGCGGGUCGUGAGCUUGGGUCGUAGGCUUCUCCCCCCUCUCUCUCUCGAUCUCGUCCUAUAAAAGGCAAGAAAACCUCUUCCCUUUCCGCCAGAACUCAUAUCGAGGCCCACCCCUUCGGAAAGGUCGACAGGGAGAGAGAGAGAGAGAGAGAGAGACAGCGAGAGCGAUGGAGAUGAUAGGAGAGAAGCGGGUGCAGAACGUUGUGGUGAUGAGGCACGGGGACCGGAUCGACCACUUCGAGAUGAUGUGGGCGGCGAACGCGGCGCGGCCCUGGGACCCGCCGCUGACGGAUGGUGGCAAGAUCCGGGCUUGGACUGCCGGGAAGCGGCUGAGGGCCCUCGGCUUCCCCAUCCACCGCGUCCUUGUCUCACCCUUCCUCCGCUGCCUCCAGACCACCGCCGAGGCCGUCUCCGCUCUCUGCGCCGUCGUCGACGAUGAAGCCCGCCUCCUCACCAUGGAGACCAGCCAAGACGUCGUCAUCGAUCCCUCCCGCGUCAAGGUCUCAAUAGAAUAUGGAUUAUGUGAAAUGUUAAAUACACGAGCCAUAGGUGAAGAAUUUGCUCCUAAAGAUGGCACCUGGUUUCCUGGAGUUUCAAAACUUGAAGCUUUGCUGCCAGCUGGAACUAUAGAUCAUUCUAUGGAGCAUAUUUACCAAGAGAUGCCGUGUUGGGAGGAGUCUGUUCUUGAUGCAAGGAAUAGAUAUGCGAGUAUCAUUCGGGCUCUUGCAGACAAGUAUCCCCAUGAAAACUUGCUGCUGGUCACACAUGGAGAGGGAGUUGGUGUUUCGGUCUCUUCGUUCCAAAAAGAUGCGGAAGUUUUUGAAGUGGAGUAUUGUGCAUUUUCUCAUCUGCAAAGGCACAUAUCGUUUGAGCCUUCACAGGCCUUUGUUGCUGAAAACUUCCAGUUGCUAACAAAGAGUGGCCAGACGGGCAUAUCUUUUCUCUUACACCUGAAAAUGAUAGAUGGUUUCUAACAACGUGAGCCUGACUCAUUCAGGGCCCUUUCAGUGGGUCUGGAUCAUUCUGCCCAGCAUAACUUUUUUUAUGUUUUCCUGCUUCUUUUAAAUCGACACAGCAGUGCCUCCCCUAGUUGCUUCUAGUCUUGUUGCUAUCGUACAUUAGAAAUUCUUCAUACAUGGCAAAAUUGCAAGACAAUUACUCUUUCGAUGAUUUUAUUGAAGAAUCAAACCAGUUAGUUCUACAGGGCAUAAAA